CCUUCACGUGUGAGACGUGUCACUACUGUCAGCGUCUGUCUGAGUGUUUGCUGCAGCGUUUCCUGUGAUCUCCUCUCUACUGGCGUUCCUAGACGCUCCACACACAGAACUAUGAGAAGAAGCUCAUCUCUACUGAGCGUACUGCUACUUCUAUCUCUAGCUGGCCACCUGGUCGAUUCAGCGCCUCCUCAAAUCACACAACCUCCUAAAGACCAACACCAGUAUCAGGGGGGAGCUGUAACAUUUACUUGUGUUGCUGAUGAUGCUACUGAAUAUACAUGGUUGAAAAAUGAUCGCGUACCAGAAACUAAGCGAUGGAAGACUAAUGGAAAUGAACUACAGUAUAAAGACCUAUCGGUGAAAGAUGAUAAGAUACAAGUGACAUGCAGAGCAACCAAUGCAGCUGGAGAAUCAAGCGAGGCACAUGCACAACUCUCAGUAUUAGCUCUACUUCCACCUGUUGGUGUGGUAGCUCAGGCACGCUCAAGUACCUCAGUUGAGGUGACGUGGAGAGAACAGGAUGUGGGGGAUGUUACUGUAGACUCAUUCACUGUUGAGUACAGCAAGCUUGGUGAAUCGAGUUCACAAACAGCAAAAGGAUUUAAAAUUAAUCCUGCUAAAGUUACAAACCUAAUGCCAAACACAAAGUACUCAUUUUUUGUGUAUGCAGUAAAUAGUGGUGGAAAUGGGGAAAAAUCACGUGAAGCUACAGCAACAACUCUAGAAGAUGUUCCAGUUGGACCACCAGUAAGUGUGGCUAUAUCUGAAGAAACAGCCCGGCGUUUCAAGGUUACUUGGGAAGCACCCAAAGUAAAUGAGAGAAAUGGUGUGAUCACUAAAUAUCAAGUGAACUAUAGAACAUCCGGAGUAGAGAAACUGAAAGAUACAACGGAAAAUGAAACACAGAUUGUGCUUGAUGCAAGUGAUGAAAUCAAGCCAUACACACAGUAUUCUGUUGCAGUAGCAGCAUUUACGAAGAUAGGAAUGGGACCCUAUUCAACGAUUAAAGAUGCUACAACACUCCAGGCUGCUUCAGACGGGCCCCCUGAGACUGUCGUUGCAAUUCCAGAAGAUGCUGGAAUCAGGGUGAGGUGGACUCGUCCAAGUGGUAAUCUAAAUGGUGAACUAGGUGGCUACAACAUUACAUACACAUCCUCUGCCAGUCGUCACUCAUUGAAAGUUGAUGAAGACACAACAUCUGUACUGAUAACAGAGCAUAUCUUUGCAUAUACAAACUACACCAUUGAAGUUCAGGCGCUGACUGGCAGCAACUCUGAGUUUGCUGGACCUCCAUCAAAAGCCAAAAGUGUAAAGACAAAUGAGCAGCGUCCAAGUAGAAUGCCCAAGUUUCUAAGUACAGAGGCAACAGAUAGAACUAUUAUUGUUGAGUGGGAGAAGCCAGAAACCAACAUUGACAAUGGCCUUAUAACUUCGUAUGAGCUACUGUGUUAUCCUGUAGAUGGACAGUCUAAGAAUAAGAGUGCUAGUAUCAGUGGAGAAGCAACUGACUACACGUUUACUGGUUUGAAGCCCUAUACUGAGUAUGUCAUUACUUUGGCUGUCAAGAAUAAAGCUGGUGUAGGACCAGUUGCUGAGACUAGAAUACCUACUAUGCAAGCAGCUCCUGGAAGGCCUCGAAACUUAACUAUUAUAGUCAAGUCGUCAACACAGCUGAGGAUUGAAUGGAUGAAACCAUUGGAGAUAAAUGGCAUUCUGCGCAAUUACAUCGUGUCGUACGAGACUGCUGAUGGAAUGCCCACAACAAUUACAGUUAAUCCCAACAAGAAUUUUCGAGUCUUCAACAAUCUUGAAAAGUUUACAAAGUACACAGUGUCAAUUACUGCAUUUACAGAGGCAGGUCAAAGUCCAUCAGUUACUGCAGAGGACACAACAUCUGAAGACAUGCCAUCACUGGCUCCUAGUGAUUUACAUGUCAAGUCAUCUGGGGGUACAUGGUUGGAGAUGUCCUGGAGUCCCAUACGUGAAGUUGGAAGACAUGGAAUUAUCACUGGUUACCAGAUUCAGCACCAGUUGGGUGAUGGAAAAUGGGCUGUUAGAAGGCUUGAUUUGGAACUGAGCUCUAAUUUGACUGAUUUGGAGCCGUUUAGUCAAUAUAAUGUGCAAAUAAGUGGACGUACUAGUAUUGGUAGUGGGCCAUGGAGUGAUACUGUCAUUGGAACAACGAGUGCCAAACCACCAAAAUCAGCUCCUCAGAAUGUUGAAUUGAAGAUGAAGGAACGCUCUAUGGAAGUUGUUUGGACACGCCUAGAUGAGAAUGAUUGGAAUGGAAGGAAUCGUGAGUAUGUUAUCACUUACUCACACAAAAAUCAAAAUCUUAGAAAGAUAGUCAACUAUACUGUUACGAACACAAUUAUUGAUGGGCUUACACCUUACACUAAAUACUCUGUAUAUGUAUUUGCAAGGAAUGAGGCAGGUGAUGGAGAUAGCAGUCAAACUGAGGAAAGGAAUACAUUAGAAGAUGUUCCAGGUGCUCCUCGUCUCAGUCUUCGUGGUGUCAAGCAUUACAAGAGCCUUGAAGUUGAGUGGCAGCCUCCUGAUGAACCCAAUGGGAGGAUUCUGUCUUAUUCAUUGUUAUGCACGCAAAAUCUUGGUGACAAGAUUGUACAUAACAAGAUGAAUAUUGGCAGUGAGAGUAGAUCAUACAAUAUUACACCAUUGGUCGGUAAUAGGACCUACCAAGUGUCGCUACGUGCAUCCACUGGAGCUGGACAAGGGGAAUGGGCAAGUGUGACGGGCAUGACAUUUGCAGGCCCUCCCGAUGUACCUCCUCCAAAUGUAAAUGUUACUAAACGGGGAAGCACUUUCCUUCGUGUUGAAUGGGACGAAAUAGAAAUUGACAAGCAGCAUGGCAUCAUCAGCAAAUAUCACAUAACUGUAACAUCAAAGCAUGAUAGCAAAAUACACCACCGACAUGUAGUUGGCGGAUCUCAACGCUAUUUUAUGGCAAUGGACUUGAAGCCGUACACAUCAUAUACUUUUCGUGUUGCUGCUGUUACAAAUGGCAGUGGACCAUAUAGUGAUGCGCGUACAGAGUGGACACUGGAAGAUUCUCCAAGUGAAGUAUUGAAUGUACGAGUACUAGGCAGAACACAAUCAAGUAUAACGUUGACGUGGAAUGAACCACUAGUCAAGAAUGGCUUAAUAAUGAAGUAUAAAGUGGAAUAUCAUGUUAAGAACAACACACGAAAAAAGGUCAGUCAGGAAACACGUGACCGCACUACAAGUCUUACUGUUACUGGACUGAAACCGUAUACGACAUACGACAUGGUUGUUAUUGCAUACAAUUCAAUUCCUGGUGCUCCAUCUGAUGAUAUAGAAGUGCAAACAGAUGAAGGUCUUCCUAGCGAGCCUACUAGUGUAUCUGUCGUGGUUGGUCAGUAUCAUGCAGGUUUGUCAUGGCAAGAACCUGAUACCAAGAAUGGGAGACUUGUGGGAUAUACAGUGAGGUUUAAAGCAUUGCAGGAGACUCUGAGUAAUUAUCCUCGUGAUGAGUCUACUUACUUGGGUGUUCCUCAGACAAAACAGCACAAAUUUACAACGCUGCAGCCAAAUAUGAGAUACAACUUUACUGUUGUCGCACACACAAGUCGUGGGAGUGGAUCAGAGAGCUUCAGGAUCGACAUAACUCAGCCUGCAGCUCCAAGUACAACUAAGCCACCACUGAUAGAAGAAGACUCCACAUUAGGUCCAUUUAAACGGAGAGUGCAGUUAUAUGAAUCUGAUGAAACAUUUGGCAAGAUAUUGUAUUAUCGUUUGGAAGUAUGGUAUGCACCAAUUUCCAGCACCACAGAGGGACAAAGCCAACCUCCUGUAAAGCAUUACAUUGCUGGCCACUUUGCAAAGGAUCGACUUCCACUAGAAUAUGUACUGGGCGACAACACAACAGACUCUGAUGGGUUUAUUAACAGACCCUUGGAAACAGGCUACCAGUACUACCUUGUAUUUCAUUCUCAUGUUAGCAACGAUGUAGGUAAAAGUUUACCAACAGAAACAUUUGAGAUAGUUCUUCCAACUUCUCCACCAAAGAGUGAAGAUGGAUUUCCUAUUUGGAUCAUAAUCAUCGUAGUAGUACUUGUUCUUCUCGUUAUUGCUGGAUUGGUCAUAUUUAUUGUCAUCCUGAGGAGACGACUCAGUAAUGAAGAAGUUGAGGCAAAAAUGACUCCUGUGGAAGACAUUGAUUAUGGGGAUGUGGAUGCAAGUGAUUCUAUUGAAUACAUACGACGGCAAAAUCGCAGCACUAUGGAGAGAUACCCUCCUGUGAAAAUCUCAGACUUCGAUAUGCAUGUAAAACGGCUGCAGGCAAAUGGCAACUUGAAGUUCUCUCAAGAAUAUGAGAGCAUCAAACUUGACACAGAAUUUACUUCUACUGCAUCCAACUUAGCAAUUAAUGAUGAUAAGAACAGAUACAGCAACAUUGUUGCAUAUGAUCAUUCACGUGUUCGUCUCAAUGCUGUGAAGGGACAACAGGGAUCUGACUAUAUUAAUGCCAAUUACAUUGAUGGACAUCAAAAGAAGAAUGCUUACAUUGCUACUCAAGGUCCUCUAGAAGAGACUGCUGGAGCUUUCUGGCGAAUGGUUUGGGAGCAAAGAUCCAGCACUAUUGUAAUGCUCACUAGUCUGGAAGAACGUGGACGACCCAAGUGUUUCAAGUACUGGCCUGAUUCUGGCUCAGCUGUGUUUGACGUAAUGGAAGUUACACUGAAAGAAGUCAUCAUAUUGGCUGACUACAUCGUUAGAACAUUCACUGUUGCCAAGACUGAGCAUCGUGAUGAAGUUCGUGAAGUGAAGCAGCUGCAGUUCAUGUCUUGGCCUGACCAUGGUGUUCCGACUUACGCGACUGCUAUGUUGGCAUUUCUGCGGAAAGUAAAAGCAGCUAGCACUCCUGAAGCCGGGCCAGUUGUAGUUCACUGCAGCGCUGGUGUUGGUCGAACUGGUGCUUUUAUUGUUAUUGAUGCUAUGCUUGAUCGUGUUCGAGAAACGGAUAGCAUUGACGUGUAUGGUCACGUGACAGUUUUGCGAUCUCAACGUAACUAUAUGGUUCAGACAGAGGAUCAGUAUUUCUUCAUCCAUGAAGCUAUGUUGGAAGCAAUCCAUUGUGGGAAUACAGAAAUCAAUGCAAAGGAUUUACCAACUGCCAUGCAAAAGCUCAAUGAAGUUGUAGCAGACGAUGGUUCAACAGCCGUUGAGUUGGAGUUCAAGCGCCUUGCUAUGGACAAGUUAGAUCCAAGCAGAUUUUCCACUGCCAAUCGACCAGUGAAUAAGAACAAGAAUCGUUUUGUCAAUAUUCUGCCAUUUGAGAACACACGUGCCGCACUAAACUAUGUUCGGGGUGUCGACGGUUCAGACUACAUCAAUGCUAGUGUGGUGGAUGGUUACAAACAGCGAAAUGCAUUUAUUGCCACUCAAGGUCCACUGAAAGAAACUGAACAAGAUUUCUGGAGGAUGCUAUGGGAGCAAGAGUCAAAGGUUGUUGUGAUGUUGACAAAAUUGACUGAACGUGGACAGGAGAAAUGCCAUCAAUACUGGCCUGAAGGAAAACCGGCUCGUUAUGGCCCAUUUGUCGUGGAUCCAUUGUCAGAGCAACGGAAGGCAGACUGCAUUCUGCGACAGUUCAAGAUGACAAAUGCCAAUGAAGGAACAUCUCGCACUAUUUGCCAGUUCCAAUACGUUGGAUGGCCUGAAAACAGGUCUCCCGUGUCAGGUCGUGCCCUGAUUGAUCUCAUUGGUGAAGUACAGAAGCUACAGGAGAAAACUCGUGAUCGUGGCCCGGUCACUGUUCACUGCAGUGCUGGUGUUGGCCGGACAGGUUGUUUUGUUGCAUUAAGUAUUGUGCUGGAGCGUAUGCGCUGCGAAGGAGUCCUGGACAUUUUCCAGACAGUCAAAAUGCUGCGCAUCCAACGUCCAGCCAUGGUCCAGACACUUGACCAGUAUCAAUUUGUUUAUGACACAGCGCUUGAGUAUCUCGAUUCUUUUGACCACUAUGCAGACUACGCACCACUUGACGUCCAAGAAGAUGAGCAGGAGGUAGACUAGAUGUUACAAUAGAACAGUUAACUGGUAUGAUGAAUGAAACUAACAGGUUAGGAUUUAGAUGUGAGGGAAUCAUGCAGGAUGUAGUGAUUUUACAAUUUUUUGUGGACAGAUAUGGUUGUAAAUUGGGGCAUGAUAAUAGUGAUUAUCGCAAGUGGAA